CCAAUAAACUUUUGGAAUCAUUUCUUAAGGAGUCAGUUAGGAGGUUUGGCAAAGUGAUAGGAAGGAAGUGAUGGUGCUUACGAAUUUCAAUGGAGCGGGUGUUGGUUUCGGUUUUGGUGUCGGCUGUGGUUUCGGUGUUGGAUGGGGUUUCGGAGGUAUGCCAUUGAAUUUUCUAGGUCUUGGUGCAGGUGGAGGCUGUGGAGUUGGGUUAGGCCUUGGAUGGGGAUUCGGCACAGGAUUUGGCAGCAGGUACCGAUCCUCUAGGGUUAUUUUUCAGGGUGUUGAUUUUAAUAAGAAGGCUGAAACCCAAGAUUCAAAGUCGUCUUAACUACUUUUAUCAUUGUAUGCCAUUUCUUGUAGCAAUUCCAAUGUCACAACGAAAUAAUCUUUGUGCAAUUAAUUGUUCCCUUUGCGUUUUUUGUUUA